AUGCUCGAGAAUCUCGCCCCUCUUCUGCAGCAAAGUGAGAGCAUCGACCGCGAGAACAUCUUCAAGGUUGUGGGGCACCACGAGGGCCGCAUCCAGACCGAAACCCCGACUAUGCUCUAUUUCCAAGUUCUUGAUGGUGUCUACCAUGCUACUGCCAAAGACUUGAACCUCAAAGACGAUGACUCCCAUGCUGCUGCAUUCGGGGCAUCUGUGCCCAAAUGGCCUGCCUUUGAAGACUCGGCGCAUGCCCUGGAAAGACUCUCGCGAUUAGGACUGAGACUUGUCAUCUUGUCCAACGUCGACAAUACCAGCUUCGAAGGCUCCAAACAAAAGCUCGAGAAAGGCUUCUCGUUCGAUGCUCUCUAUACAGCCGAGAAAAUCGGAUCUUACAAGCCUUCCCUCAACAAUUUUGAUUACGCAUUGCAACAUGUCAAGGAGGAUUUCGGCUUCAGCCCCGAGGACAUUCUCAUCGUCGCCAACUCAAAGCUGCACGACAUUCAGCCGGGCCACGAGAAAGGAUUGAAGGCGGCCUGGAUUGAUCGCCAGAAGGCUGUGAUGGGCGUGUCUGCUUUCAAGGAUGUUAUUCCAGACUUUCAAUUUCCUAGCAUGGACGCCUUUGCGGACGCCAUGGAGAAAGACAAGGGAUUGAACUGA